CAUACGUUUCCUCUCUUGCAGAAAUGGAGGACCCCUGUCUUUCUACGCAGCUUAUUGAUGGAGAUGGUGUUUUCAAUGUUUCUGGAUUGGAGAGUUUCAUGAAGGAAGUUAAAUUGGCCGAAUGUGGGCUCUCAUACGCUGUUGUAUCAAUAAUGGGCCCACAGAGUAGUGGUAAAAGUACACUUUUGAAUCAUCUUUUCCGCACCAAUUUUAGGGAGAUGGAUGCUUUCAGAGGAAGGUCACAGACAACCAAAGGUAUAUGGAUGGCGAAGGCCCAGAAUAUUGAACCAUGCACCCUUGUAAUGGAUUUGGAAGGCACUGAUGGAAGAGAGAGGGGAGAGGAUGACACGGCCUUUGAGAAGCAGAGUGCAUUAUUUGCUUUGGCUGUUUCGGAUAUUGUGUUGAUCAAUAUGUGGUGCCAUGAUAUUGGCAGAGAACAGGCUGCGAACAAGCCUCUUUUGAAGACUGUUUUCCAGGUUAGUUUGUUAAAUACGCAGUGGGGUGUUUCUGUAUUAAGGCAUUAUUAUGCCCUAAUAUUUCUUCUGUCUGUACAGGUCAUGAUGAGAUUAUUUAGUCCUCGCAAAACAACAAUGCUAUUUGUUAUUCGUGACAAAUCAAAGACACCUUUGGAAAAUCUUGAACCGAUUUUAAGAGAAGAUAUUCAGAAGAUAUGGGAUGGUGUUCCUAAACCCCAUGCCCAUAAAGAUACUCCACUCAGUGAAUUUUUCAAUGUGCAAGUGGUGGCCCUUAACAGUUAUGAGGAAAAGGAAGAGUUAUUUAGAGAGCAGGUUUCCAACUUGAGAGAUAGGUUUCAACAGUCUAUUGCUCCUGGUGGACUUGCUGGAGAUCGGCGUGGUGUUGUUCCAGCAUCAGGUUUUUCAUUUAGCUCACAGCAAUUUUGGAAGGUCAUCAAGGAGAACAAAGACCUUGACCUACCUGCUCAUAAAGUUAUGGUGGCUACUGUGCGUUGUGAAGAAAUUGGUUAUGAGAAAGUUGCCACUUUUACAGCUGAUGAGGAAUGGCAACAAUUUGAGGAGGCUGUUCAAAGUGACUAUGUACCAGGUUUCGGGAAGAAAAUCAGCAGCCUGCUUGAUAGAUGUUUAUCAGAAUACGACAUGGAGGCUAUUUAUUUUGAUGAAGGUGUCAGAACAUCAAAAAGGCAUCAACUUGAGUCUAAACUCUUGCAGCUUGUCAAUCCUGCAUACCAAUCUCUUCUUGGUCAUUUACGGACUAGAACUUUAGAAGCAUUCAAAGAGUCCUUUGAUAAGGCCGUUGAAAAGGAGGGAUUUGCUGUUGCUGCUCGCGAUUCUACCCAGAUUUUCUUGGAGAAGUUUGAUAAAGGAUCUGAAGAUGCUACCAUUCAACAAGUGAACUGGGAUCCCUCGAAAGUUAAGGAUAAGCUUAAGCGUGACAUUGAGGCUCAUGUGGUGUCAGUUCGUGCUACAAAGCUUUCUGAACUUUGUGCCACAUAUGAGGGCAAACUUACCAAAGCUCUUGCAGAACCUGUUGAAGCUCUUCUAGAUUCAGCCAGUGAAGACACCUGGCCAGCUAUUAGAAAGCUUCUUCAGCGUGAGACAAAAGCCGCCGUUUCAGGUCUUGAAUCUGCUAUUUCAACUUUUGAGCUUGAUGAAGCUACUGAAAAAGAAUUGCUCUUGCGGCUGGAGAAUCACGGAAGGAGCGUUGUUGAAUCAAAGGCAAGAGAAGAAGCUGCAAGGAUCUUGAUCCGCAUGAAGGACAGAUUCUCGACGUUAUUCAGUCGUGAUGCCGACUCGAUGCCAAGAGUAUGGACAGGAAAGGAAGACAUCAAAGCAAUUACUAAAACUGCUCGUUCAGCUUCCAUGAAGUUGCUUUCUACGAUGGCUGCAAUUCGGUUGGAAGAAGAUGGUGACAACAUUGAUACCACUCUUUCCCUUGCUCUAGUAGAUGCUGCGAGGCCAGGGACUACAGAUAGAAGUAUUCAAUCGCUUGAUCCACUCGCCUCCAGUUCAUGGGAAAGGGUUCCAGAGGAGAGAACUUUAAUCUCCCCUGUCCAGUGCAAGUCUCUGUGGAGGCAAUUUAAAGCUGAAACUGAGUAUACCGUCACUCAAGCCAUAGCUGCUCAGGAAGCAAACAAGAGGAACAACAACUGGCUGCCUCCUCCAUGGGCGCUCGCCGCGAUGGCUGUCCUUGGUUUCAAUGAGUUCAUGACAUUACUGAGGAACCCAUUUUACCUGGCCGUCAUGUUUGUAGUUUUCCUAGUCGGGAAAGCCAUAUGGGUACAACUAGACAUUGCCAAUGAAUUCCGAAAUGGAUUUCUUCCAGCUCUCCUUUCGCUGUCGACAAAAUUUGUUCCGACAAUUAUGAACAUUCUGAAGAGACUAGCUGAUGAGGGGGCAGCGCCCGCAGCCCCAGAGAGGCAGAGAGAGACGGAGCUCCAACCAAGGAAUAAUAGUUCAAACAGCAACGUGACAUCAGCAGGUUCCUCCAGCUUAACCUCUUCAGAGAAUGGACCUGAAUAUUCAAGCCCGGUAGCACAAUGAUGAGUGGAUCCCUAGCUUUUAGCUGAAAGCUUUGUAGCUGCAACGGUUUGAGCCUAGGAGAUUGAAGUGCCUUGCGGUUUUUGUACGCUCGCUUGCCCUUCCCAACCUGAUGUAUGAAAAUUAUGUGGAAGAGUCCACAGCUGUUAUAUAAGGAAUUUUGGGGCUGGGAAUCGUUUGUAAGAAACAUUGUAGAAUAACUUCUGUUUCACUUUUAUUUUUGUAAUAUCUUAUAUGAUGGUUGUAUAGAAGAUUUGUGAUUAUUUUGGUUAUAUCCACCCAACCCAUGAGGACAGGAAAAACAAAGGGGCCCAUCUCUA